AUUGUUUCUUGGAGUUCGAGAGGAGCUUCUCGCAGUGAAAUAGGACAAGUUGACGCAUGUGUGGCAGCGCAAAGAAAGGCGGAAUAAACGCAGACGCGAUAGCUUAGUGGAAAAGCGCAGUGUUUUUAUUGACCCGGCGGUCAGAGAAAGAUUCAGAACUAAAGGAGGAAGGAGAGAGGAGGAACCGGGAGCGUUACAUGCUGCUAUCUUUACCGUGGGGGUGUUUAUUUCUCCACCCUGCACCCUGAACGAGAAAACGCAGCCUUUGCGGAAUAGUCACAUUGAAGACGACACGUGUGGAUGGUUAACCACAUGUUUCCUGGGAGGACUGAGGGCUGAUUGCCUCUAACGAUCCGUUUUAUCGGGUAAAUUUUCUAAAGAGCUACUUUAGAUUUAUCUCCCCUUUCUCUCUUUCUUUCUUUCUCUUCUGUGGAGAUGUCGGAGGUCGAGCUCUCUGCAGACUGUGUCCCCACCAGAACACCGGGGCGGACAGAGGACAUUUUGAAAGAGACCCCUGAGAACAGGACUUUACUCAUGGUGGCUAUGAUUUUAUUGGACUUGAACAAAUGCAGACCUAACGUCGGAGGAGGCGGCAGAUGUCUCGGAGGCAGCGGCGCCGGCUCGGUGGAGAAGGAGCGGGGGAGUUGCCGGUUGAACGCCGGGGACAGCCAGAGGGGCUCGGUGCCACCCAAACAGUCCCGGAACAAGAGGGCGGCGACGGAGGUGGUAGCCGUGAGACAGGAGUGUCCCGAGAAGAGACACUGCUGCCCUUUCACGGGCUGUGGGAAGAUGUACGGCAAGUCAUCCCACCUCAAAGCCCACCUAAGGGUGCACACUGGUGAGCGCCCAUUCGAGUGCACCUGGCCAGAUUGUGGUAAGAAGUUCUCCCGGUCAGACGAGCUGACACGUCACUACCGCACACACACGGGUGAGAAGCGCUUCAACUGUCCGCUGUGUGACAAGUGCUUCAUGAGGAGCGACCACCUGACCAAACAUGCCCGGCGACACGCAGGCUUCCAUCCCAGCAUGCUCCAGGGCUGCGGCGCGGCCAAGAGACGCCGCUGCUCCGUAUCCGUGUCCUCCUCUGACUCCGGAGACCAAAGCCCAUCUGGGGUGUGAGAAACACCCACACAGUGUACAUAGAUACAUAAAGGAACAUGCAUUAGAGUGAGCCUUGUACAAACACAGGCACGGCCACGUGUGUGAUGUGUGCACCUUUACAUAAAUCCUGUCCAGACAGACAAACCAAGCAGACCACUAUUCAGAAAGUUUGUUAAUGCAUGUUAGAAUAUGCAACAGCAAACAAUCAUUAAUGAGAAGCCACUGUGGUCAAAGCAGAGCCUCCCCCUCUCAUUGCAUGAGGUGAUAGGUUUAUAUUUGGGCUUAUUUAAUGCCUGUCACACAGGUUCCAGUUGCUUUGCCUUUUUUAAUUCUUUAAUUUGCUGUGUAUAGUUUUUCUGAAAUCAACCUGCAAUCCAAGAGGCAUUCAUGUACAUACACAUUUUUAGACACUACAUGUGCUCACUUAGCAGCACAGCCAUCAUUUACAAUAGAACAAUAGGAAAUACUGCUUAAGUGAAUAUCAUUGUUGCACACAUACACUCAUAAAUGUGCAGUUGCUCUCCUGUCAAGGACAAGGCGAAUGUACAGAAUAGCAACAGUAUUAUCAUGUAAAUAGAUGAAAACAGAGUAUCUUUUGGAUGGAUUAUAUACUCAGUAUACUGUAGUUAAAUGUUAUUUAGAGAGUAAUAAGAAAAAGCUAUUAUAUAGAGAAUUACAGAAUGUUGUAUGUUUGGCUAUGGACUUAGUAAGUCAGAUAUAUUGUGAGCUUAAAUGUAUAGGCAGCGUGUUGAAAGCUUCAUGUUGUGACAUAAUGAUAUACUUGGAAAUAAGCACACCAUAAUACCUUUGGAAAGACGAUAUUACACAUACACAGGUGUUGAUCAUCAGCCUUGAGUUGUGGUAACAGUGCAGGAAAACACAACAGGGUCAAACGUUAGAAGUAAACACUUCUUCUUCACUUGAACACUUUUUAAGGUAAAGAACAUAAUUCAUGUUAAGUUAAAGUCUGUAAACUGUAAACAAGGACGUCUGUGCCUUCAGGGGUUUUUGUACCAGAGAGGAAUUUCUACACUUUCAAACUGUGGACAAACUACCUAAACAAACAUUGUCACAUUCUUUUUGUUGACUGUCUCAUUCGCCAACAGUGCCGGCUGCUGCACAUCGAAACACUUUACUCUGUAUCUGGACUGCAUCAUUUCAGGGAAUAAUGCGGUGCAAUGUCAUACCUAGCAGAAUCACACCCCCUGGUGGUGACGUGGAAGCACAACAUUUCUCACAACAGAAUUCCAUACUUUUUUGAAUUUUCUGUCCGUUUGAGGCCCGCUCUAAUGAUAGCUGUGUUUAUAAAUCAAUUAACUACAUUGUGCUGCGUGUUUGUAUGUAUUUGUUUGGUACAUUUUUUUAAAAUAUAAUCUUUUAUAAUAGAAAUGAAGAGACAAGAGGUCUUACUCGUCAGCUACAGGAGCCGCAAGCAUUGUUUAUAUUCUGAGUUUUCUUUUAUACGUGCCACAUAACGCAUUACAGCAUCCAGGCAGAGUGUAAACUGAGGUUUCAUUCUUAAUGGACUAAAAUUAUAAACAUUUGUAAAGUGAAUUCUGUUUUUAUUUGUUGCCAUUUUGACAACUGUGAUUAGAUGUUGGUGCCUUUCAGGUUGAAGCCGUUACUUCUGAUGCUACUGUACCGUAAUCAGGGACUGUCUGUGCAGACCCAUAUCAUUGCAAUAUACAUGACUGUGUAAUAAUUACUGCUCAACAGUUUUAACAUUAAAAGGUUUUUUCUUUCUAA